UUAACUAAAUUUCAAACAAAGUUUUGUCACUGUUGAGUUCGGAGUGUCGUUUUAUUACAAAAUUGAGCGAUGAUGUUUCGCGAUAAAAGUGGUUCAGGCUCGGUAACAUUUCGCGGAUUUACUCCACCGCUUUCGACUGAUGACGAUUUUCUGGAGCGGAGGCAAGCAUGCUCCGCACUGACGAUGGAAUCGGAGAAACCCCUCAACAGCGAUGGUUGCGGCUCAUCACCUAAACUGUCGCUUUUUUUCGCCAGCCUGUGCGUGAUAGAUUUGUUCGGCGUGUUUCCUAUAGUGGCGCUGCCUAAAUCUAUAAUAUCGUGUGGAUUGUAUGGCGUUCCAUUGGUGUUGUUGGUGGUAACUUUACAAAUCUAUACUGCAACGGUGUUGGGGCGCUGUUGGACCAUCGCCGUGAAACUAGACCCGUCGAUCGUUAGGAAGAAUCGUUAUCCAUAUGCGGCAAUCGCGGAAUUCACCUACGGCAAGCGAAUGAGUAUGUUCGUGACGGUGCUGCUGGAUAUGACCGUGUUCGGUGGAGGCAUCCCGAAUCUGCUCGUGGCUUCCCAGAAUCUCCAACUGCUGGGAUCAAAGCUAACCGGAGGAGAGUUUGAGUUUUCGUUCUGCUACUGGUUGAUGCUGAUUGGAAUGUUUCUUUGUCCUAUUAUGUGGCUGGGAAGCCCUAAGAAUAUGCGGCCUUUGGCUAGUAUUUCGGUAAUUAUAUGCAGCAGUGUUGCCUUUAUGACUUGGUUAUCUAUCGGCAAAGACACGUUUGUCACAAACGAGAGUGGAAUGGUGGUGCCGCGGGGUGACUUUGUGCCCUUCGAAGGUCUCGAGCUGGGGAUGCCAUCGUGGAUUAUGUUGUUAAAGGCCUACGGAAUCAUAGCGUUUCAGUUUGAUAUUCAUCCCAUGCUGCUAACGAUACAGGUCGAUAUGGAAAAGAAAUACCAAAUUGGAAAGGCAGUAUUCCUGGGGCUGAUGGCCACUUGUACACUGUCGACUAUAACGACGGUUUUCGUGGCUUAUCGUUACGGCAUGGACACGACUAAUAAUGUGCUUCAGAUCCUACCAAAAAGUUGGUCGCUCUAUAUUACCAUUUUGUUGGUAACGCUGCAGCUGUGUCUGUCUAGUGCCGUGGGGAAUUCGGCACUUUUUCAACACGUGGAAGAUGUACUCGGUGCCUCCAGAGAUUUCACAUUGAAGCGCUGCGUGAUACGUUCUUCAUUGGUUUGGUUAGCUGUUCUGAUUGCCGAACUCGUCCCUCGUUUCGAUGUGGUCAUGGGAACCAUCGGGGGAACACUGACAGGCCCUCUCAUAUUCAUUCUACCACCGUUGUUCUACCAAAAAAUGACGUCGCUGGAAAAGAUCUACUACCAGGAAAUGGAACACAUAUCGAGUAGGAACACACUCGUUUCGACUGACGAUCGAGAACCUCUGUUUCCAAGUGCAUAUGGAACGAUUACAACCCCCACAACUGAUGACAAGCCGCCUGCUCCAACCAUUCACAAAAUGGGUCAAUGGUUCACGCUAUGCUGUGAUACUUCUUACAGGUUCUGUCGGUUCAUGUACAGCGAUUGCAUACUUUCGGGGGCGGUUAUCACGUUCGGAAUCGGAGCCACGCUCAUCUCGACUUAUUACAACAUUUUCGAUGUCAAGGACGUUGGAUCGCAGUUCUGGGGAUCGUGUGCUGCAAAUAUCACACUCAUUAGUGAUCAAUAGAAGGGGACAAGGAAUAGGUAAUUAUAACAAAGCUGAAUUUAUAAUAAACAGUGAUUUUUAA